AUGCGCUUCUAUCUGAGUCUCAUCGCUGCGUGCCUUCCCCUCUCGCUCGGGUUCCCUACAGAUCCCAACAACACGCUGUCUGAGAGACAGUGCACCGGCUGUGCACAAUGCAUUUUCUCGGAUCGCGAAGAGACGCUGUCGGAAAGAGACCGAUACAAGCAUCGGCAGCUGACCGACAACAUCAGCUGCGGCGCCGCUACAUCCUGCACCGCGGGGUACAGCGUCCAGGAAGGAUACUCCUUCACAUGGUCGGCCAGUGUUCAGACCGAGUUCGCUUCCGCCGGCUUCGAAGUUCAGAUGUCCUGGACGACCGGGACGAAUUACGAAUGUGACGUCGACAGUGGCGAGACAGGCUGCGUGUGGUUUGGCAAACGCUUCAAGGAGUACACUGUUCGAAGGUCCCUUUGCGAUACCUGCACUGGAUGUGAUGAAAAGGACAUCACCUACACAUCGCCGACCAAUGACAACUCGGGGGCUGGGGACUUCUACUGCGUUACGGGAUCUGCAUGUCGCAGCGUUGGGCAGGAGUAUUGGGCUGAUGAGCAGUGA